AUGUCUCGACCACCCAGAAAAGCGGUAUCCUCUUCCUCGGGCAAAGAUCAGCGCAGCACCUCUCAGAAUCCUCCCGGUGCCGAAGCCAACACUACAAACACAUCAAGUACAGCUCAAGCGAGCUCUUUCGGAGAACAAGGCAACGCCAACACCAACGCUUCAACAUCAAUCCAAAACCAAGCGAAUACACCAACGACCAUCGAACACAAAAGAGCAUUUUUGCAAUUCUUGGCUUCAACAUCAAUCGAAAACCAAGCGAAUCAUUGGCGAGCGAAUACACCAACGACCAUCGAAGAAAAAAGAGCAUUUUUGCAAUUCUUGGCACAAGAAACCGCCCAAAGACGGGGAAUUGUAGGCCAAUACUAUUGGAUAUUGGAUUAUCGCGCCAAAGAGUGGGAGUUCAACCAUACAGCCCCUGCUCCAUCUGAGUUGCGACGUCUACAUGGCAUGGGACGCUUGACAGGGAGUGGGUUCAUUGAUCCUCCGCGAACAUCACCUCAAAGACCUGCCAAUUCCCUUAGGCUUGAAGCAUGGUUGAGGGAAACCACAAUUAAGCCUUCCAAUAUUUCACCGGAAAUCAAUGCUCCGGGUUCACCGAGCACAAAUCCAGUUUCUGUACCUCCCACUGCGGCAGUCAACACCUCACCGGCUUCGAUGGCUCAAAGUAGAAAGCCGCAAGGAGACGCAGGUAUUUUCAGUGGCCGAGCUGUGCGCGAGGAACUUUUUGAAACACCAGAAGGAACCAAAUCAACAAAAAGGCGAGGAAAAACUGAAUCUGCCCCGCGAGAGUCGACAAGCAAAAGCAUUGCUCCUCUCGAAUCAUCCUCAGAUCAAGACAGGGCUAUUCUAGAAUACUCGUGUCGUGUAAUGUCCAAAAUUUCUGGAGCAUCAGAGCCCUUCAAUGCCAGAAUAGAUAGUCGUGGAACCCUGUUCGUGUGGAAUUCCCUGAUUCCAGAUCCAUGGAUAUCUGAUGGUACGGGAGUAGGUUAUGGGCUCCGGAUUGCACCGAACGUCACUUCCGAUACAGUCGCUAGUGACACUGGAGAUGGGUCUACAGGUUCCCGAGGGGAAGACGAUGAAACCCCGACAUCAGUAAAAAGAGAGCAGAGCCGAGAGUCGAUGAGAAGUCAACACGAACUUUUAAAUCCCGAAACCUCUACAGCGACUCCAGAGGAAGAAGAGCAGAAUCAGGGGAGCAGGUCGAUGAGAACUACUGAUACAAAUUCUCGAGCUGCACCUACCUAAUCUGAUAGAAACAUCCCAGACCUCUUUAGAUCUAACGAUGAAGCGACCGACGCUUCUACGGUGCCUCGUCUUGAAACAGUAACUCAAAACAUUAGAGACACCCUAGAUCCAAGCUUCCCAAGCGCUCUAGAUAAUGACAAUCACAACAAUAACGACAAGAAUACGCAAGAUGAAGGAAAUAACUCAGGGCCAACACAGAAUCCAACCGUCAUGAGUGUCCGCAUCCCAAACAAUUUCCCCGCAGAUUUUCAAUCAUUGUUUUCCUCAUCGGGCACCACAUCCUCGCUUAUUUCUUCUCUAAAUCUGCGCGGUGGUUCAGGUUCACCAGAAGACUCGGAAAUUACUAGUCCUCCAGAAAGGACUGAGAUUCAAAUAUACGAGAUGAUACCUCGCAAACUUUCACACCACAAGGCGAAGGUCAACAAACCAGAAACACAGGCACAUCCGAUGCAUCAACUAUUAUAGAUCCCGAGCACAUGGAAAGCUCCGAAGCAGAGCGCAGUGAAGAAAGAGAAGACGAGGAAAACCGUGAGAACUUAUCUCCCGCCAUUCAUCCAGCGCAACAAUGUCCUCUACGGCACGUGCAAGGCUCCCGAGGACCCUUCCAACGUCGUCCCAGCUCAGAAGAUCUCCCAAGCCCAGUACCUCAUUCAUGCCGUGGCAGUGCACCAAACUUAUCAGAUUCCUCAAGGGGAGACACUUGACAUGUUGUGAACCGCAGACCACUGGCCCAUCUUUGGCCAAUGGUUCGUGGAACAUCCGCGUUUGCUACAGAAGGGUCUCAAUAUCCACCAGAUAUGGGAGAACCUUCACGAUCAAAUCAAGAAGCAAGGAUGCCAUCAUCCCGUUCUCCAAGUCCUAGUUUGGAAAUCAGAGAAGGUCAGCGAAGACGAACAAGUUCUACCUCUACUGUGAUGGGUCCGCCUCCGUCACCAAUUUUAAGCGAGGGAAGAAGAUUAUCUUCAUCCCUCACACGAAGCCCCCGUAGAGAGACUUCUGUGGACUGAAGAACCAUUCCAAGUCGUCCUUCGGGUGAGAUGGGCCCUCCUCCUCGCCCUGAUCAAAGAGAGGACUCAUCUGCAACCCUUUCUGGGAGUUCAAGUGGUAUUGAGCGAAAUAGACCCCGACGAGAAUUCCGACGAACUCAAUCUGGAUAUUUGAGAUCUCAACCUGGAGGUCUCUUAUUGACCCCAGGACAAGUUACAAUAGACAAUGCAAGUGGAAAAUCCCAGGACAAGGUACAAUGGAAGUGGAAAACGAGAGAGUGUCUGACCAACCCGCGCGAUCUGGAAACGAAGAACCAGAACCAAAUCAGCACAGCGCCAGCCCACCCACCCAUCACACUUCCCAGGGAGAAGAGAACCAAAGAGAUCCCUGGGCCCCUCUCUGGUAUACCUUUCUACUCAACACGCUUCGUGAAGAGGCCUCGCAAUCAGCCGCUCCACCAUCAAACCGUACUGUUACAACAUCCAUAGCCGAAAUCCUGCUCAGAGAUUUCCAAAAUGGCGCCUCAGAAGAAGGUGAUACCCAUGGAGCCAACACGGCUCAUCGAGCAGCCACUAUGAGAAUGCCAUCAGCUGUUGAUGUUACGAUUUCCAUAGCCACAAUCCUGCUCCGAGAUCUCCAGAAUAGUGCGUCAGCGGAGGGAUUUUGUGAGGCGUACCUAAGAGGCACUCCGUAUGCUGUGAUGACUUUGUUAACCGAGUUUACACGGUUUAUGGCGGAGAGGCACCCAGGACCGAAUCCUGCAUCCAGCCAAGAAGGUGGGAGAAUGUAAAGCGGAGGAGAUUAUGGUCAAGAUCGGGAGGAAGGAAGAGAUAAAGAGAAUAAUAACGAGGAACGAUAUCAACAAGAAAAGGCCAAGCCAAAUAAAAACCCACCUUCCAAAACAGAAUUCAAGAAUCCUCCCAAGGACAACCAUGAUCAUAACCCAGACAAAGAAAACGACGACGAUAGAGCAGGAAAUAACCCCGGAGGCGGACCAACGUAAUACCUCGUUCUGGGAAUAAGAGGCGGGUUCGGGACUCCCAGAAAUUCACACGAUAUCUCAGAUUAUUACCCACAGUUAGAUGAGGAAGUAGGAGAUGAGAAAGAGGAUGAAGCGGAAUCGGAAGGAGAGGAAGAAACCACAUUCGAGGAUGGAGAGUCCAAGAAGAGAGAUGCAAAUACGCCCUCAGAGAACGAACAAGGAAAGAAAGAACUCGGGAGACUUCUGACAACAGUGAAGCACAGAGGUUCAUCACGAACCCCGGAUCCAGAGCUGGUUUUCUAUCAAGACCUCUACAUAGAAGAUAGCGAUGAGGAUUCCAUCUACAACGACUUGUAUUUCUAUUACGAGUCUGAUCCCGAAUCUCACUCGCCCUCCGACUCCGAACAAGUCUCACAAGAAGUAAAGCUUCAUAAAAAAGAGAUAGUGCAACGAAACGAAGAAUCCAUAGUUCACAAUUCGGAGAUGUCUCGCUUAAACCGGAUACUCCAUCAUCUUCUAUCGAAACUCAGAGAUGGUGAUGAUUACGGUAUCAAUUACACACAUAAAGAUACCAUCAAGACCAAAAACCCCCCACACAUCCGAGGCGGCUCUUCAAUCCCUCCUCCUUCUGAAGACCACCCAUCCGAUCCCGAGGCAAACCCAGAUAAUGCCACAGAAACGGAACCAGAACCAGAAACCUCCUCCUGGGAAAUCUACCACUCAUCGUUCGAGGAACCUCAAGUAGCGCCUACCUCCUCAGACCACCAAUUCGAACACCACCCAUCCGAUCCCCAGGCAAAUCCAGAUGAUGCCACACAACCAGAACCAAAUCCAGAAACACAAACCUCCCCCCCAUCCCCCUCAGAACCCCAUCAAUCCAACCCACCCCCCAAUCCAUCUCACACACCAUCCCAACCAAACACCCAAAGAAUCCAAACCCUCACAACCCUCCUCAUCAACAUGUUGUUAAUACACAACCUACAAGUGCAAUGGGAAGAACAUACCACGCAGAUUGACGGGUUGGAGAGACGGGUGCGGACAUUGGAGGAUCCGUAUUGGGACUGGGAUGAGAAUGAGGAUGGGGAAGAGGAAGAUGGGGGUGGAGAUAUUGAGGAGGAGGAAGAGGAAGAAGGGGAAGAAGGGGGGGCAAUCUUAGAGAGUGAGGGAGAUAGAGAUGGAGAUGAAGCAGGAGAUGAGAAGACACAGGUUGUCAUGAGAGGUGCUUACGGGUCACCACCACGAUCCGGUCAUAUGUCCUCCUCGCAAGAAGAAAAACAAACCACUCACGACGAAGACAAAGAAUCAAAACCCAACAUCACGAACCCCCCCAAAAGGGAUCCAGCUUCUUUAUCCACGGCUCAAACCGACUCCAACCAAGAGGAAGAACAAACCCCAGACUCACAAUCCACUCCCAAAGUAUCAAAUACCCAGACCACAGAUCAAACCCUCCUCCCCUUUUCCCCGCUCGUAGUAGAUGGAUACGAAGCCCUCCAGCACUACGAGCCCUCCCCUCCGCGUGUACCGUCGGAAUGGCAACUAUCCAGUCCACCAGAUACCUCUCAGCCGUCAGACACCACCCCCGAAUCCCAUCCCCGACCAAAAAACACAACCCUCAAAAACGACGACUCGAUCAUCAAACUCCAGAAUCUCCUCCACCAAAUUGCAACCAGAAACGGAGUCAGUAUCUUAGAUAUCCACUUCACGCUCUUACGUCGGGAGUUCGAAGAACGUGGGAAGACGGUGGAUAGGUUGGAAGAGGAAUUGAGGGGGGUGAGAAUGGAGUUGGAGGGAGUGAGAGGGGAGGACGGGUAG